AUGGUCACCAGCAACAACAGAGCCAUCACAACUAUUACUGCACCGCCUGGUCAACAACAGCAGAGCCAUCACAACUAUUGCUACCCGCUCGGUCACCAACAACAGCAGAGCCAUCCUGAAAUAUUACUACCACUCAGUCACCAACCGCACAGUCAUCUACAACUAUUACUACUACUGGUCACCAGCAACAACAGAGCCAUCACAACUAUUGCACCACUGAGGUCACCAACAACAACACAGGCCAUCCCACAGCUAUUACCACUCGGUCACCAACGCAGUCAUCCACAGCUAUUACUGCUACUGAGGUCGCCAACAACAAAACAGCCAUCCCACCUGGCCUAUUACUUUCACUGCUUCACCAACAACUUUGAUUAUUCCACAAUAUUACUGCUACUGAGUCUGUUUCCAACAACAGAGCCAUCCUGGCUAUUUUUGGUGCUGGCAGCUGCCCACAGCCAUCCCCACAGCUAUUGCCACCACUCGGUCACCAACAACGCAGUCAUCCCACAACUAACCCACUGGUCAACAGCAACAACCGAGUACCAUCCCACCUUUAAUACUACCACUCAGUCACCAGCAACAACACGGCACAUCACAACUAUUACUGCACUGAGUCGCAACAACGGCACAGCCAUCACAACUAUUGCACUGGUCACCAACAACAACACAGCCAUCCACAACUAUUAUGCCACUGUCAACACCCUCACAUCUACUCACACAUCCAUUGAGUCAACACCACUAUCAUCUACCUACUCAUCUUCUGAGUCAACACCCCUCACAUCUACCUCCACGUCCAGUGAGUCAACACCACUAUCAUCUACCUACUCAUCUUCUGAGUCAACACCCCUCACAUCUACCUACACAUCCAGUGAGUCAACACCCCUGACAUCUACCUACUCAUCUUCUGAGUCAACACCCCUGACAUCUACCUACUCAUCCAGUGAGUCAACACCCCUGACAUCUACCUACUCAUCUUCUGAGUCAACACCCCUCACAUCUACCUCCACGUCCAGUGAGUCAACACCACUAUCAUCUACCUACUCAUCUUCUGAGUCAACACCCCUCACAUCUACCUACACAUCCAUUGAGUCAACACCACUAUCAUCUACCUACUCAUCUAGUGAGUCAACACCCCUGACAUCUGCUUCCACAUAUACUGUGAUGAGCACAACGACCACUAACCCGUCUACAACAACGACCACUAACCCGUCUACAACAACGACCACUAACCCGUCUACAACAACGACCACUAACCCGUCUACAUCAACGACCACUAACCCGUCUACAACAACGACCACUAAGCUGCCUACAACAACGACCACUAACCCGCCUACAACAACGACCACUAACCCGUCUACAUCAACGACUCCCAUUCCGAUUACGACAACAUCAGCUCCAUCCGGGUGUAAUGAGGAUUUCCUUCACCUGAUAGACGAUAACCCGGAUGUUGACCCCAAGUUGUCAGGAUGUGACGUGGAUAACUUCGAACGUUGCCGGAGGGACGAUAAGAAGCAGCCUCGGUGCCUGUGUCUGAUUGGCUAUGAGAAGUCUGAGCAGGCAAUUUCAACUUGCAAAGAGGUGAUGGAACAUCAGAGUUCAUUGAAAUUGAACAGGACGUGGACCGAUGACUACUGCAAAAACGACUCCGACGUUUACAUCACACUCCUGGGUGACAUGCAGAAGGUGUACCGCGUGGCAGCCAAUGACAGCGGCAUGAUGGACGAGUUCCAGAGGUUCGACCAGAUGGUGGUGAGCCGCAUAGACGACACCAACGCUUGCAACACCCCGCACAAUAUUCCCACUUCCAGACGGAGACGACAUACACGUGACAUUGGGGGGAGGAACCUCACCUCCAGCAGACAGUCCGCCACCAUCGUCAAGAGAAGACUUAAAAGAUCACAACCUGAAGCUGACAUCCAGGCCGCCACGGUGAAAGAAGUGGGGUUAGUGGUGCAAGGUCAGGUAACCUUCAGGAGGACCGAGAGUUACAACAGCACCACCAACAAGCAGCUGCAGGAUGCCCUGGUCUAUGUCGUAGUCAACACCAGCGUCAGUCAGGAUCUCGACCUUUAUAUUUAUACCGACAGCAUCGAAGUGGAUGACGUGAAGAGUAAGCCGUGUGGUGUAGUGGUUUGUAGUAACCCGCUCGCCACCUGCGUCAACAAGACGGACCCCAUCCUCAAGGUAAAAGGAUACUGCCAAUGUAACCCAGGGUACAAAGACUUCUCCCCUAACAACGUUUCCUUCCCGGGCGAGAUCUGCAUCACACCGUGCGCCUCCAACUACUGUGCUAACGGCGGUCAGUGUGCUCAGGAGUCGCCCUUCUACGACCCUUUCUGCAAGUGUUCUCACUGGUACUUCACCAAGGAAAAAUGCUCCCUGGACUUGAGAAUGGUGAUCGGGAUAGUGGUGAGCGCCGUGAUCAUCAUAGCACUACUGGUCGCCACUUUCAUCUACAGAAGAAGACAAACAGCUUGUGAGACUCUCUCCUCCGAUACCAGGAGUGACGCUGAAUUUUACACGAGCGGGAACUACAACGAUGCUUACUGGACCCUCACCAGGAACCCCGAGGUGCUGCAGGCAGGCGAUGAUGGGCGCCGAGAAACUCCAACACAUGGCGUCCGCGGCGACAGACAAGAGAGUCCAGUCGGCGUUUACGGGGGACUAGGGAGUCCGGCCGGCGUCCAAGGGAGACUAGAGAGUCCAGUCGGCGUCCAAGGGAGACUAGGGAGUCCAGUCGGCGUCCAAGGGAGACUAGGGAGUCCAGUCGGCGUCCAAGGGAGACAAGGGAGUACGGCCGGCGUUCAAGGGAGACUAGGGAGUCCAGUGAUGCUGCCCAGAGUUAACCUUCGUCCUAACCUUAUAGAGUCUCGCCUCUUCCGCUCGGAGGAGGACCUACGACCCACAAGUGAAGCCUUCAGGGACCCAGACCAUCCAGACUGGCAAAUCAGCCAGAACAUUCCUCGUGUUCGUCGAUCCUUUGAGCGAACAACUUUAUAAUUAAUGACGUCCCUGUGUCAUUCCACACUAUUCCUCAACACUUGAAGCUGCUCUACCAUCAUCCUGACUGUCCUGAAGCUGCUCUACAGGUACCAGAUCGUUCUACAUUGCUUUACACCGUCCUGAAGCUGCUCUACAAUCAUCCUGACUGUCCUGAAGCUGCUCUACAGGUACCAGAUCGUUCUACAUUGCUCUACACCGUCCUGAAGCUGCUCUACAGGUACCAGAUUGUUCUACAUUGCUCUACACCGUCCUGAAGCUGCUCUACAACUACCAGAUUGUUCUACAUUGCUCUACACCAUCCUGAAGCUGCUCUACAGGUACCAGAUUGUUCUACAUUGCUCUACACCGUCCUGAAGCUGCUCUACAGGUACCAGAUUGUUCUACAUUGCUCUACACCGUCCUGAAGCUGCUCUACAAAUACCCGAUCGUUCUAAAUUGCUCUACACCGUCUGACGGCGAGCCUGUAUUUUUCAAGUCACUCUCCACUUGUGUUCAGUGAGCUUCUUUUACCUUUAUCCUCUUCGCCACUGAUCGGUUCGUUAGCCGCUUGUCUCUGUUACGCACUAUGGGCAAGUA